AUGUCAAACAGUGUGGAAUGGACCGUGGACGACGAAAUAUCGCUCUUCGGUCUCAUUUGUGAGCGCAAGCCGGCGGGAAAAGACAAAGACCAGCACAUGGACUGGAUCGUGAAGCGGCUCAACGAGAAACUGAAAAAAGUGUUUCUGGCCGCGGACGUGUGGGAAAAAUUGCUGAGUUACUACGACUUGGAGAAGGUUGACGAGUUAGAGGAGCGAGAGGAGAGUGGAGACAGUGACGAGGAAGCGGAUCGAGGCAAAAAUCGGGAAAAAUCCGCGAAAUUGAACGACAAAAAUGGCGAUAAAGCUGAGAAAGGUAGUGAAAAGUCUACUUUAGCUUCAAAGAAACGAACCAAAUCCGGUAAGGAAUCGGACCUAGACAACGACGACGACGAAGACGACGAUUCUGCUGACGACUCACAUUCAGAAACUAAAAGAGUGACGAGAUCUCGUCGACAAUCAGUACCACCCAAAAAGCGAGCUCGUUCUGUAGCCGCUAAAGACUCUGAACCUCCCUCAAAACGACGUAAUACUAAAACCGCCAGUCCCACUCCUCCAGGAAAUACACCAGCUUCCAAACGCAGGACUCGUUCUGAAGCGGCACAAGAAGAAGACGAUGAAGAAGAGAAACAGACUCGCACUCGAGUCCGGCGAAGUACCCGAAAAAAGUAG